UCUCCCGUGUCCCUUUUCAGUCACUAACCGAAUCUCCCGUGUCCCUUUCCAGUCACUAACCGAAUCUCCCGUGUCCCUUACUCGAGUUUUGAGACGUCUCAAAACACAGUCACCAACUGGUUUGCUUCCCCUGGUGCCCCUUUUUUCCCCUGUACUGCGUGUUCACUACAGGAAUGUGAUCAAGCAUGUUGCAAUGAAGGGCACGCAGGGGUCGCUCGGGUGGACGUCGUGCCUCACUGUGACGGUGAACAACUGCAUGAAGGACCCGGGGGACUACUGGGAGGCUAUGCGGGUGAAGUACUACAACACAGACGCUAUCAACAAGUUGUGGCCAUGGAUGCAGAGCGUGUGCAAGGAGACGUCGGCCAAUGGCGGCGUGCCAUGCAACCCGCCAGGUGGUCCCAGUGCUGACGUCACCGGGGCGUGCAGCGGCCUGGGAACCGACAAUGUCAUCGACGUCGUUGCGGUCAACACCACCGACUACGGCCUCGAUUUCAAAUUCUGCGAGAAUGUCACCGUUACAGAGAAACUAAAUCGCCAGAGCAACCUCACCCUGAGGUACCCUCGCACUGCGGGUUUCCGUAACUACCGGAGGAAUGAUCUGGGGUUGAAGAAUAAUUCGGUGAUUCUGAAGUACCGGCCGAAUUAUUUGAGCUGCCCGUUGGGGCAUGCUGGGCCGAGAAGGUUCUCGGAAAAGUCUUUCUUCAACAGCUAUAAUAUCCCGAUGCCAUGGGGGUUCCGGAGGGUGGUUAGGAUGGACACUAAGCAUAUUAUAGACCAGGACUUAAUUACCCCUGCGGUUAGGGCUCAGAUGAUGGCUUAUGGAGGUGGUGAGUAUUCCUGGUUGGGUAGAUCCUUCCUUGUAGGGAGCUAGAUACAUGUCCAGUUCUUGGAGUGUUUAAUAAAACAGUUGAGGUGGAUGGCUGCACUUAUAAUAAAAUUUUGUUGUGGCUUGCAUUUAUUGAAU